GGUCGGCAGCUACUUCUUGAAAGGCGUCUUAAUAACGCAGGCUUUCUGAUUACAUAAUAUAGGUUGAUUACGCAGAUCUUACAAUUGAUAAAUUUACCAGGAACUCGGCUGACUGGCGUUUUGCAGAACUAUGCAUUUUCGAGGGAGGAAGGGGCUUUUUUUGACAAUGUUUGGCUUGCAUGGAAAGAAAGCCACAAGACUGUCCCUAAUUAUCUCUAUGGUACAGUAACAGUGGUUGAGCUGCAACGUGUCUUAGAUUGCAGUGCAAAUGUUUUCACUCUUUUGGAAAGGCCCCUGCAACAAACGGUCUUAUUUCCUAGAGCAUUUUAGUCUGUGAACCUAUGGAAUUGAUUUUGCUGAAUUUUUCAGCAAAUAUGAAAGCAAAGGUAGAAAUAGAGGACAUCCAUUUGUUUGCCUAAUAGUUGAAAAACGGUAGGAGUGUAUUAAUAUUCCACAUGGGAAGUAGGGAUGAACUGCUAAUAAGACAUUUGUGUCACAAAGUAGUCUAUGGAGAUACUGUUUUCAAUGGGGACUGCUCCUUGCUGUGUCUAAUUAAGUUGAUACAUGGUAAACUCAGCAAAAUUAUGAAACCUUACUAGUAGUAGUUCUAGUGGAGGUGCUACUUACCUAGCUUUUAAAGUAUAGCUGUAUUAAGAAAGCAGUUUCAUUACAUUUAUUUAUUUUUUUCCUAUUGGAUGAAAGAUGUUCUUACUACUCCACAAGAAAGAAAAAAAAUGUGAAGAGUUUUGAAAAACAACAAAUAUACGAAAAAUACAGGAGACAAAUUGUUUUGCCCCGUGGCCUGUCUUGAUUAUAGUCCUGUGAGAUGUUAUGUAAGAAAAGUAAUGUGUUCUCAAUUUGCUAGAAUCUUUUAAAUUGGUAUUUCAAGUGAUGUGAUAUCUAAAACAUACUAGAAUGAAAGAUACGAGCUAAGGUAGACCUAAUAAUGAUUUUUUGUCUUUAUUUAAUAUGCAAGUAUAAUUGUGGGCUUGAUCCAUGCAUUUCUGACAGGUUACUUCCUUUCACAGAAGUUAUGAAAUGUGAUUCUUUCAUACUACUCCACUUCAGAGUUUUGAUUACUUAGAGCUCUCUUGUUCUUGCCUCUACUACUGGUGACAAUAAGUGAUUGACUUGAACACUUUUACCUUCUGUUUCUCAAUUAUCAUCCAUGGGUGAUCACAAAAUGCUUUCAGAGUUGUUCAUGAUGAGCACAAGGUAGGAGCUAUGUAGCAUUAUUAAACAACAAAGCAGUGUAAAGCGCAAGACCAAUGGAGUUCUUGGUUAGUUAGAUUUUACUGAACUUUAUUUUUAAAGGUUUUUCUUCACCCUUUAUUUGCUUUAUAUAGUUUUAAAGAAAUACAAAUAGUGACACUUGUAAGUUAAUUUCUAAAUUUUCCCUUGUAAUAGUUUUGUUCUGAAACUGAAGUUUGUCUUUUGUAUCUGUUGCAAUACAACUUCAGUUUUUGUAUUACUUUCCCCCCUACAAAAGACAAGUCUCUGUUACUUGCUAUAAUCAUAUCUUUUUGUAAACUGUAUAUACUAUACCUUUUAUUUUAACUCUAUAUCCAUAAAGUCCUUUGUUGCUUUUGCUAAUAUUUUCCUUUAUUUUAUAAACAUCAGCUCUCAGCAAGGACUUGGUGUUUGUGCUCUGCCCUUUCUGUUGCUUUUGAGAGCUAGCCUGAUUAAAUCAGUCCUGUACCUGACUGUCACCGGUGAGGGAAGUUUGCUGCAUCUACAGCUGUCUGGCUGUGUUGAUGCUGCAGGUAGUUGACAUCAAGAAUUAUGAACUUGGUGGUCGGAACCACAGCUCUGUCUAGUCAAUGCUCUACCUGUGCAGCAGGAUGACACAGAAGAAAAUUCCAAUGACGGCAGCCAGCCAUCCAAAAGACGGCGGAUGGGCUCAGGGGACAGUUCUCGGAGCUGUGAAACUUCUAGUCAGGACCUUGGAUACAGCUAUUUUCCUGCUGAAAACUUGAUAGAAUACAAGUGGCCACCAGAUGAAACAGGAGAGUACUAUAUGCUUCAGGAGCAAGUCAGUGAAUAUUUGGGUGUGACUUCCUUUAAAAGAAAAUAUCCAGAUUUAGAAAGACGAGAUCUAUCUCACAAGGAGAAGCUCUACCUCAGAGAACUAAAUGUCAUCACAGAGACACAGUGCACACUAGGUCUAACAGCUUUGCGUAGUGAUGAAGUAAUUGAUCUUAUGAUCAAAGAAUACCCUGCCAAACAUGCUGAGUAUUCUGUUAUACUGCAAGAGAAAGAACGUCAGCGAAUAACAGAUCAUUAUAAAGAGUACUCUCAAAUGCAACAGCAGAACACACAGAAAGUAGAAGCCAGUAAAGUUCCAGAAUAUAUUAAAAAAGCUGCCAAGAAAGCUGCAGAAUUCAACAGUAAUUUAAACCGAGAGCGGAUGGAAGAAAGAAGAGCCUAUUUUGAUUUACAGACACAUAUUAUCCAGGUGCCUCAAGGAAAAUACAAAAUCUUGCCUACAGAAAGAACAAAAGUCAGUCCUUAUCCAGUGGCUCUCAUACCCGGCCAGUUUCAGGAGUACUACAAAAGAUACUCUCCAGAUGAACUUCGUUACUUGCCAUUAAACACUGCCCUUUACGAACCUCCUUUGGAUCCGGAGCUGCCUGCCUUAGACAGCGAUGGAGAUUCCGAUGAUGCAGAGGAAGGGCGAGGUGAUGAAAAACGGAAAACCAAAGGCAAUUCGCCAAAGGUCAUUCCAAAUGCUAUAUGUGGAAUUUGUCUGAAGGGUAAGGAGUCCAACAAGAAAGGAAAAGCUGAAGCUCUUAUACAUUGCUCCCAGUGUGACAACAGUGGCCACCCUUCUUGCCUUGAUAUGACCCCGGAGCUUGUUGCUAUGAUUAAGACUUAUCCUUGGCAAUGUAUGGAGUGUAAAACAUGCAUUAUAUGUGGGCAGCCUCACCAUGAAGAAGAAAUGAUGUUCUGUGAUGUAUGUGACCGUGGUUAUCACACUUUCUGUGUGGGGCUUGACGCUAUCCCUUCAGGUCGCUGGAUUUGUGAUUGUUGUCAGAAAGACUCUCCUGUACCCAGAAGAGGAGGAAGAAGGGGGAAAAGCAGCAAGGAGGGCUAAAAACCCCAUAAGUCUUGCUGUACAAAACUUAACUGCACAAUUAUUAAAGCGAUACUUUGGUGCUAUUUAAUCAACCACUCUAAGAGGAACAAUACCACUUUUUUUUUCUCUUUUUACCAAAUAAACAUUUAAUUUUGGCUACAUCA